AAUAGUAUACCAACGAUAUACUCGUUCCAGCGAAAAGCCGACGACACACAUCCUCAAAGAUAUGGCUCAUUGCGUUUUGGCUCCAACCCCAAUUCAUUUUCAGUUUCAUUCCCGCAGAACUGGAUUUCUUAGAUGCUUCUCUGAAUCUGCUCUCAAGUCUCCUCUGCCAUAUCCUAUUCAUCCUCGUUUUACUCCUAGAAUCUUCUGUAACUACGAUGAUUCCAAUCGAAACAGCCAGACACAGUCCUCUUCUCUUCAGCUCUAUCGCGAUAUUGAGAGGUUACUCACGGACACUGUAAGGCAAUCUCAAGGUGCUUGGGGUAGUUCAAGUGAUUGGAGCCAAGUCGAGGGAGCAUGGAUUCUUAAACCGAAAGGCUCAAAACCUAAAUCAGUCGUUCAUUUUAUUGGUGGUAUAUUUGUUGGAGCUGCUCCUCAGCUUACCUAUCGUUUGUUUCUGGAGCGCCUUUCUGAAAAGGGAGUUUUGGUGAUUGCAACACCGUAUGCUAGCGGGUUUGAUUACUUCUUCAUUGCUGAUGAAGUCCAGUUCAAAUUUGAUAGAUGUUUACGGUUUCUACAAGAAACAGUGCAUGAUCUUCCUACAUUUGGUAUCGGCCAUUCUUUGGGUUCUGUCAUCCACCUUUUGAUUGGUUCAAGGUAUGGCUUGCAAAGGAGCGGCAAUGUAUUAAUGGCAUUCAACAACAAGGAAGCAAGUGUAGCUAUCCCAUUGUUCUCACCUGUUCUUGUGCCAAUGGCCCAAAGCAUUGGACCCUUUCUAUCACAAAUUGCAUCAACACCCACAAUCCGCAUGGGGGCUGAGCUGACACUAAAGCAACUAGAGAGCCUUAGUCCUCCCAUUAUGAAACAGGUUCUUCCAUUAGUUGAGCAACUUCCUCCCUUGUACAUGGACUUAGUUAAGGGAAGAGAAGAUUUUACUCCAAAACCAGAAGAAACUCGACAACUUAUAAAGUCCUACUAUGGCAUUUCAAGAAAUCUUCUAAUAAAGUUCAAGGAUGACACAAUCGAUGAAACUCCAAACUUGGCUCAGGUGUUAAGUUCAGAGUCAGCCAUCAGCUCAAUGCUAGACAUGUCCAUUCGAUUGUUGCCAGGAGAUCAUGGGCUUCCUUUACAACAAGCUCUACCAGAUGUUCCACCUGCAAUGGCAGAUGCAGUAAAUCGUGGAAGUGAGUUUUUGGCGAAUCUGAGUGUGGGAACACCAUGGGAGACUGUUGCCAAAGAAGUCAGCAAUACAUUAGGUGUAGACUCGCCAGUUGUUCGUGCAGAAAUUUCAAAGGACGUAAACACACUUGUGGACGUGAUCAUUUCCUGGAUGGCUUCAAAUUCAGGUGCAAAACUCUUAAACCCUUGAUGAGUAGGAUAGAUACCCAACUAAAUGAAGUGUAUGUAAUAGGUUGAAUUAUGAAUGAAGCCUAUGUACUAGGUGAAAAUGAGUGUUGUAGUUGUGCCCCUACUAUUCCCUUCCCCCACCCCCCAACAAGAAUGUAGAAUUUCAUUAAAAACCAAAUCAGCCAUAGAAAAACAACUUACACAGAUAAGCAAACAAGAAAGUCAUAGCCAUCGUCACUGAUUUCAUCAAAUAGGCAAUUUUUUUUUUUCGGAAUUCUUGCUUAAUGAUAUACAAUUAUAUUUUCUGGA